CAUCUGCUUCAGUGAAGCGGUACAAGUGACUGUGAGUGAUGGCACGCUUGAAGGCGCAAUACUGCAAACUGUAUCCUCUAACAAAUCCUACUUAAGCUUCAAAGGCAUUCCAUAUGCAAAACCACCAGUUGGUAGCCUUAGAUUCAUGCCACCUCAACCGGUUGAUCCCUGGUGCGGGGUGAAGAACGCGACAGAACACGGAUCUGUAUGUCCACAGUUUGACAUAUUUUCUGGACAGUACAUCAACGGCUCGGAAGACUGCUUAAGCCUAAACGUUCUACACCCCGAUCUCAAUCCCGUAGAGCCCUAUCCAGUGAUAUUCAUUCACGGAGGAGGAUACAAAAGUGGUUCAGGCGAUAGCAGCACUUACGGUCCCGACUUCUUCAUAGAGAAAAUGGUAGUAACCGUCACAAUAAAUUAUAGACUCGAUGCGCUCGGCUUUCUUUGUCUUGACAACGAAGUAGUGCCAGGCAACAUGGGUUUGAAAGACCAAGUAUUGGCUUUGAAGUGGGUAAACAAUAACAUAAAAUAUUUUGGUGGCAACCCAAAUAACAUCACCAUCAUGGGUCAGAGCGCCGGCAGUACAUCGGUAGCAUUGCAUAUGAUAUCGCCAAUGAGCAAGGGCCUGUUCCAAAGAGCAAUCAUAUGUUUGAGUGGGGCACCGACAUCUGAAUUCGCAAUCCCGUACAAACAGAGUAUGAGAGCAUUUAAGCUCGGUUUUGUACUCGGUAAAGACACCGACAACGCGACCGAACUCUUGAGUUCUUGCAAAGUGUGUGCCCGCCAUGAGCUUGGUGAACGCAAAUGUAGCCAUACUAGGUUCCGACGCUUUGGGCAGUACUAAUGUUUUGAAGUAUUUCAAUUUUCUACCGGUCACAGAGAUAGAUUUUAAAGGCGAACACUUCCUUACUGUAGACCCCCUAGAAGCAUACAUGAAGGGCGAUGUUCACGAGGUCGAUGUCAUGUUUGGCACUACGGAUGAGGAGGCCGUCACCGCAGUGCCGUACUUCGUAGAUUCCAUUAUAAAUGUCACAGCAAAUUAUCCAGAGAUGAUUGUGCCUAAAAAGAUUUUAUACAACUGCACUCCAGAUACAGCUUUGGAAGUUUCUAAACAGAUUACAGAACGUUA